GGUCUCAUGACUCAUUUAGCUUCUACAUUGAUGAAGCCUCUCCAGUUGGGCCUGAACAGCCAGAAACUGUCCAGAACUUUGUCUCUGUAUUUGGGACAGUGGCAAAAAAGCUGAUGAGGAAGUGGUUGGCUACACAGACAAUGAACUUCACUAGCCAGCUGGGGGCAGGUAUACGAUAUUUUGAUCUUAGAAUUUCCACCAAGCCCAGAGACCCGGACAAUGAGCUCUACUUUGCUCACGGUUUAUUCAGUGCCAAAGUCAAUGAGGGCCUGGAAGAGAUCAAUGCUUUUCUCACUGACCACCCCAAAGAAGUGGUCUUCUUGGACUUUAAUCAUUUCUAUGGCAUGCAGAAAUGCCAUCAUGAAAAGCUUGUCCAAAUGCUCAAAGACACCUACGGAAACAAAAUGUGUCCUGCUAUAUUUGCCCAUGAAGUAAGCCUCCAGUACCUGUGGGAAAAGGAACACCAAGUGCUGGUGUUUUAUCACAGCCCAGUGGCUCUUGAGGUACCGUUUCUUUGGCCAGGUCAGAUGAUGCCAGCACCCUGGGCAAACACGACAGAUCCAGAAAAACUGAUUCAGUUUCUCCAGGCAUCAAUCACCGAAAGAAGAAAGAAGGGCUCCUUUUUUAUAUCGCAAGUCGUGCUGACGCCAAAGGCUAGUACAGUGGUGAAAGGAGUUGCUAGUGGUCUCAGAGAAACAAUCACAGAAAGGUAA